AUGGUAGCUAUAAAAAGACUUUCAAGAAAAUCUGGACAAGGAUGGGAAGAGCUGAAAAAUGAGGCAAUGCUUAUAGCCAAACUCCAACACAAAAAUCUUGUGAAAUUGCUUGGCUACUGCAUUGAAAGAGAUGAAAAGAUUUUGAUCUAUGAGUAUUUACCCAAUAAAAGCUUAGAUUAUUUCCUUUUUGGUCCAAUUAGACAUGGGAUAAUAGAUUGGGCUACCCGAACUCACAUUAUUGAAGGGAUUGUUCAAGGGCUUCUUUACCUCCAUCAGUACUCUAGGUUACAAAUCAUUCAUAGGGAUUUGAAGGCCAGCAACAUCUUGUUGGAUAAAGACACAAAUCCUAAAAUAUCAGAUUUUGGAAUGGCAGGAACUUUUUGUGGGAAUGGGUCACAAGCAACCAACCGAAUAGUGGGGACUUAUGGUUACAUGUCUCCAGAAUAUGCUAUGGAAGGCAUUUUCUCAAUUGAAUUUGACAUCUUUAGUUUUGGAGUAUUAUUUUUAGAGAUCUUGAGCAGCAAGAAGAAUACUAGUUUCUAUCAACGUGAUUCUAUCAAUCUUAUUGGAUAUGCAUGGGAUUUGUGGAAAAGCAAUAGGUCAUUGGAGUUGAUGGAUCCAAUUCUUGGAGAUACUCCUCCUGCAAAUGUCCUUUUGAGUUACAUAAACAUAGCACUCCUUUGCGUCCAAGAAAAUGCAGCUGAUAGGCCUACCAUAUCAGAUGUGAUCUCAAUAUUCAACAAGGAACCUACACUUCUACCUUCACCAAAAAAACCAGCGUUCUCAUUUGGCAGAGGUAUGGAGGUUUUGGGUUCAUCUAUGAGAAAGGCAGAAAUUUGUUCUCUAAAUGACAUGACAGUCUCAAUUUUGGAAGCUCGGUGA